AUGAAGCGCACACUGUCCCUCGGGAUCGAGGGAAGCGCCAAUAAGAUCGGUGUGGGGGUGGUGGAUCAGAGCGGUACGGUGCUCUCUAACGUACGCCAAACCUACAUCACCCCUCCUGGGACCGGGUUCCUGCCGCGCGAGACGGCCAUCCACCACUCUCAGCACGUGCUGCAGGUCGUACAGCGCGCCAUGCGCGAUGCCGCGGUGACGCCAGCCGACAUCGACAUCAUCUCCUACACCAAGGGCCCUGGCAUGGGCGGGCCGCUCUCUGUCGGCUGCACCGUGGCCAAAACACUCUCCCUCCUGUGGGGAAAGCCGCUGGUGGGUGUGAACCACUGCAUCGGGCACAUUGAGAUGGGCCGCGUCGUCACGAAGAGCGAGAACCCCGUGGUGCUGUACGUCAGCGGGGGCAACACGCAAGUCAUCGCCUACGCUGAUCACCGCUACCGCAUCUUCGGUGAGACGAUCGACAUUGCCGUAGGCAACUGCCUGGACCGUGUGGCCCGCCUCCUCGGCAUCUCAAACGACCCGGCACCGGGCUACAACAUUGAACAGAAGGCCAAGAAGGGCAAGUGCUACAUCCGCUUGCCCUACACCGUGAAGGGAAUGGACAUGUCGUUCACCGGCAUCCUCUCCUACAUUGAACAGCUCGUGCACCACCCUCAAUUCACUGAGUCGGGUGUUUGCGAGGUGUUCCAAAAGCGGCGCAAGGUAGCACCGUCGCUGACGAGCACGCCGGUGUCGGCCGGCGAGACCUUCAACACGGACGACAUCUGCUUCUCCCUGCAGGAGACGAUCUUUGCCAUGUUGGUCGAAGUGACGGAGCGCGCCAUGUCGCAAAUCAAGGCAUCUGACGUGCUCAUAGUCGGCGGGGUGGGCUGCAACAAGCGCCUGCAGGAGAUGAUGCAGCUGAUGGCGGCAGAGCGUGGGGGUCGCUGCUUCGACAUGGAUCAGCGAUACUGCAUCGACAAUGGCUGCAUGAUCGCGUACGCCGGGCUGCUCCAGUACCUGAGUGGGUCCUUCACGACCAUGGCGGAGGCGACCAUCACGCAGCGCUUUCGCACCGAUGAAGUUUACGUUUCCUGGCGCGAUUGA